AAGUGGAGCAAGCAAUGAAAGAAUUUGAACAGGAAAGGGCUGAAGAAGAUGAUCCAAUGAACUUGGGAGACGUCUUCCAACAGCAAGAUGAUGACCAGUUCUUUAUAGGAAAAGAUCAAGAGACGAUUUGGAAAAGUACUCGUCUACCUUCUGCAUCAAAAAAUAUCAUCAAAUUACUACCAGGUCCCAGAGCAGCCGCUAAAAAUACUCCCAAAGAAAUAGAUGCUUUCAAUGUAUCUUUAGCAGUGUUCCCGCCUCCACCCGAGUUCUCAACAGGCCCCGCCAGCCUAGGCGUGGGGGUCCCACCCUUCGGCAACAUAUUCAUCGCCGUCUCAGUAGGCCGGGAUCCAAACACUGACCACGCCCACGGUAGGCGUGAUCUAAUAGACGUAAGUGGGCGGCCCGAUCUUUUGGAUUUGUCGCACAGAAGCGUGGGGACAGCCACCUUGCCCCGACGGAGGCCUCCUUCGACGGUGCAGUUGCCCCAUUACGACAACAUGGGACCCCGGGUCACCGCAGGAGGUAACUCCACCCUCUCCUUGCCAGAUUGUGACCAGGAGGUGCUACCGCCACCAGUACCCCACCAGUUGAUGCUUCAACCGUACGUGGCGCCUCCUCAAAGAAGUUCAGAGUUUGUUUCUCUUUAA